AUGAGGGGCGGCAAGCUGCACCGGCGAAGCUCGCCCCAGGCCCUGGCCCUGGGCCUGGCGCCCCUGCUGGUCCUGCUCUGGGCCGGGCUGGGUGGCAGGGCGGAUGGGAGGCCUUGGGGCUUCCAAGGCUGCAAGCAGCAGCUGAACGUGUCGGUGCUGGGGGCGCUGCCCGGGGAGGGCUGGGACAACCUGCGCAACAUGGAGCUGGGGCUGGUGCUUGGGCGCGCCUACUCGCAGUGCCUGACCACCGAGGACGGCGAGUAUCUCAUCCCCGACGGCAUGCUGGCGGUGCCGCGGCGCGAGACUGUGUUCUCCGUGGAGUGCCAGAACGUCCGGAGGCACAGCCUGCAGUACCAGACGAUCACCACCCGCGUGCAGCCGAGGCACAGCAUCUACUCCGUGAGGGUCCGGGGGACCCCCGACUUCCGGCAGCGCCUGCUGACCCUCAGCGACCACCUGGAGAACAACCAGACCCGCGAGGCAGAGUACCUGGCGGAGGUGCUUGUGUUCGCAUACGGCAUGCACGUCCUCACCGAGGUGGAGGUGGGGGCCACCCUGGUGCAGGAGGACCAGGUGAGUCGCGAGCUUGUGGGCAACGAGGACAAGGACAGGCUCAACGUCACCUUUGCCGCCUCCGUCUUGUUCGACCGGAAGGUCGGGGUGGGUGAUGCGGUUUCCUGGGACAAGGAGAGCCAGCUGGUGCAGGCAUACCAGUGGGGCACAGUGGCCUCCAAGAUACACAGCCACGGGGGGCUGCCCUUCUACGAGGGCCUCACUCUGCAGAAGUGGCAGGAAGACGUCGCCAACCGGCUGGUGGCCAUCGGCCGCUCGGGCCUGCCGCUGCCCGCGCUGCUACAGCCCGAGGCACUGCCCGAGCUCCCGGCGCCCGCCAUGCACCGCGUGGAGGCGGCAGUGAGCCGCGCCAUCAGCCGCUACUAUGAGAUCAACAUGCACCCUGGGUGCCUGAAGCGUGGGGCCCCCAACUUCGACCCGCUGGCCAACGUGGACGAUGGCUACUUCAGGGGCGUCUUCCAGGAGUGCGAGGCGAUCACUGGCCCCGAGGGUGGCCGCCUGUGCAAGCCCUACACCAUCCUGAACCCGCUCACCUGCCGGACCUCCUGCCCGGCCAGCUACACGGCCAGCUUGCUGAGCAGCGAGGUCAAGGUGUGGAGCGAGAGGAGCUACCAGUGCUGGCCGCAGUGCCAGAGCUGCUGGCUGAUCUUCACUUGCUGCCACAGGAUGUGCGGCAACUUGGAGAUCCAGCGCGUUGUGCGCGUCAAUGCGUCCUGCCCCGGCCGCCCCAACCCUCGCACUGGAGCCCAGGCCUGCCCCUCGUCCUUCUUCCCGCUGGCCCUCCUGGGUGACCUCAAGGUGUGCGUCAGCAGUGACUGGGAGCUGGGUGCGGCCCAAGCAGUCCCCUUCGGGGGUUUCUUCAGUUGCCAGGUGGGCAACCCCUUGGUGGCCCAGGCAAGGGGCCAGGGCUCCGAAUUCCUGAAGGAAGUCUUCAACCUGAACCAGCUCAUGGUCUGGCUGCCGCCCUUUGCGGCCCGCCCCGGCCUGCUGGGCAACAGCAGCAGCCGCGGGGCCUCGGUCCUGGUGGAUGCCAGCAGGCAGCGGGCCUGGGUGAAGCUGCAGGGCUCCAGCCGCUGGCGGCAGGCCAAUAUCCAUGACCCAGCCAUGGCAGCCCAGCUCCGGGAUCAGGGGGGAUCCCGGCCCAGUGCUGGGGCCGUCGUGGGCGCCUGCCUGGGGGCCGUCCUGGGCGUGGUGGCUCCGGCUCUGGGGGUAACCUGGGGCUUCAGGCGCUACCAGAAGCGGGGUUACAGGAGGCUGCCGGAGGGAAUCCUGGCCGAGGAGCAGACAGUCUAUGGGACCGCAGAGACUGCUGAGAGCCCAGCUCCAUCUGACUGCUCAGAGAAUGCCAGCAAUUCUGUCUAG